AUGGGCGUGGGGUCGGAUGUGAAGGAGCUAUAUCAGGGAGUGCUUGGGAAACUGCAGCUCCUCCACCCACGCUUGAUCACUGAGGAGAGGAUGGGGGAGGGCUAUGAGAGGGUGAAGAGGGAGGUGGAGAGGGAGGUGGUGCGACGGAAGACUCUGGCGUCACAGCUGAGGACUCUGCUCGACAGCCAGCUGCAGGUGCUGAGGCGAGAGCAGCAGGCCCAGCAGAGGGUCCACAGUGUGCUCACAGCCCAGCUCAGAGAAUGCACCAGACUCCUGUCCAAGAUUAACAGCAACCACCAGCAGAAUUUGAUCCAGAGGCUAACGUCCCUGGUGGAUGAGAUGGGAGAGCUGGUGUCAGCGGAGUGCCAGCGUCAGGGGGCCUGGGGGUUUCUGGGUGAGGGUAUAGGGGCCAAGCUGCUCUGCCCUGACACUGGAACUGUGCUGACCAAGGACCACAUCUUUGGUCCUGAUGGGUCUCUGCGUGUCAGUCGGGCACUUGACUGUGAUUCAGUCACAGGCCUCAUAAGGCCAAAUGCUUACAGCCAUAUGCUGCUGAGCAGCGGCCACACCAUGGCGGUGCCACCUGAUUUCUUCGUCCUCCCACAGACCGGCAGAGUUAUGCCCAUAGCUGGCAACGUGGCCUAUGAUCCUGCAAGCUCUACUCUAGUGUUCACAACUGACUCAUGCACAGGAGACAGCAGGAAGUGGGACAGUCCUCUUCUUCCUUUCAUUCCCUACCCGACCUCCUGCCACUCAGACCAGCCUCUGCCCAGCACCCGGCUCAGAGGCCUCAAACCAGGCCAGAGACUGCAGCUGGGUGUCCCCAUGGCAGACCCAGACACAGGGGUCCCAGUGCCCAUUCUGGCUGUAACCAUCCACCCCCAGACAGGACUAGUCUACCCACUGGGAGGGGUGCAUGUCUGUCCCCUCACCCGCCUCCCUCAGCCGAUACAGAUUGGCUACCCCAUGCUGGACUCCAGGACGGGGAACGUUGUGCUCACUGUUGGGGUCAGUCUAGAUCCAGUCACAGGAGCUGUGCUGCCAGUAGGUGGAGUUCUGUUGGCCGAGUCCUUCAUCGAACCUCUGAGUGGGCGGAUGGUGAGAGUAGGGGGGGCCAGCAUACGGGCUGGGCAAGUUGUGCCUAACGCAGGAGGAUACCAGGCCCUUCUAGACAGCAAGGUUCUGGCAGUGAUGUUCAAAGUAUUGGAGCUCCUAAAGCCACUAACUGAGGAGUGGGGGUCGGACCAAACUUUGCAGCACCACCAGGGCAGCGAGAGAGGGAGCGGUCGACAAGAUAAUCUCCUCAGUGUAGCUAAGGAGCUCCAGCAGGCCUGGGGAAGGAGCCUGCACUGUCAGCUGCAGCUGCAGACUAGGUUGGGUAUCCUGCUGAACUGGGCUGUAGGUCUGCAGCAGGAUGGAGACAUUCUGGGAGAGAUGCCUCUCCCAGGUUCACAUAUGUGUGUACCAGCUCUGCUGGGGCUGGAGUACCCUGACCCUGUGGGGUCUGGUCUCUGUGUACCUGUGCUGGGAUGUCAGACUGACCUUGUCUCUGGGACUAUUAUACCAUUGGCAGGGACUAUGGAGGACCCUGGAGGUAAAGGCCUGGUGGCCAUCCGUUAUGGAUCACAGACUGUUGACCCAGUGACAGGUGUGUUGGCCACAGUGGUUGGAGCCAGGCUGGAUGUGUCCAGGAAAACCAUUGUACCUGUAACAGCUUCCUACUGGCUAACAAUGGCAGACCAAACUGAUAGUGUGCAGGUAGAGGCGCUACAGAGAGAAGUGUGUGUGCGAAACACUUACUGGCAGCAACAGAGGCAGCGGGAGGAAGAUUUUGUCUCUGACCUGGACUCAGCUCUAUUCCAGUGUCUCUUUAGAGGCACAGAAGCAAACUCUUAUCAGGUCCAGUGGUCAGGGAGACAGCUGAAGGAAGCAGCCGUGGAGCUGCAGGAUUCAGCACAGACCGAGGCGCAGAGGAGAGCAGCUCAGCGCUCCCACUUGGCUCUGAUCUUGCCUCCGCAUGUACUACACAUACUCACACAGGGUGAUGAGCAGGAGUGGGAUCAGCAGUGUGUCUGGCACUCAGAGCUCGUGUCGGGCCUUGAUAAGGUGGAUGUUUGUAUGGAGCAGCUGCAACAAGACAAAGAAAAAUGGACAACACAUGGAGGAGACUGGGCCACAACCCUCCAUGCUCUGGACAGAGAGCUGAGACAGAGAGAGUUGUGGGAGCGGUGUUGUUCCAGACAGACAGAGUUGGAGGCUGCUCUUAACGCGCUGCACUUUGUCAGACACCUUUCGCAGCUCCGUGCCGACACUGCUCAGGCAGUACUAUGUGGGAACUUUUGGUACAAGGAAUAUGGUCUGCUCCAGUGCUGUGGACACAGACCUUCUGCGGAGGUCGUAGGUUCGCUCCAGCAGAUGGCUUUGCCUCUGCUAGAGAGACUGAACCAACUCCUGGAAGACAAACAGCCUGCCAGCUUCUCCCCCAACACCUGCAAUCAGCACAUUUCUGGUUUGUCCACAAAGCAGGCAUAUGGGCUGGAGAUAGCCUCCAGAGUCUGGACAGCCUCUGUGCCUGUGGUGAAAGGAAUCUCCACCCAGUCUUUGAGGGAGCCUGCCAAUUUAGCUCAACCCCAGGACGCUGAUUUGCAGGCCAGUUCGGCACCGACACACACCUCACAAAGACACACCACAUCCUCUGGCAUUCACUCCCAGGAGAGCCAGCCGAUGAAAGAGUCUGCUCAGCCGACACACGGUAUCACAGUCCCCAUGAUUCCAGAAGAGGAAUGGGACAAACUGCUGGAACUCUCGCCUCUCUUCCAGCUGCUGAAGAGGAUGGAGCUGCAGCUAAAGGGUUGGGCCUGUGGGGCAGGGCUUCUUAGAGGAGAGCUUGCUGACAUAAGCAAGAGUUUCAUAGACGUCCUCGAUGCUCAGUGGGAAUGUGAGGGAGAGCUGAUCCCUUUGGACCUGUCGGUGCUUAACCCCAGAGAGUUCCUGGUCUACCAGCACGGACUGUACCUGAUACACACAUUGCAUAAUCUAAAACUGACUCCAGCCAUUUCACUUCAGAUAGCAGCUAGUCUCCCAAACAACAACUAUUUCAACAACGCCUUCAGAAACUCCUUCUUUUAUCAGGAGGCAGAAGAGGCACUCUUUGUCCGUCGCCAGAGGCUCCAGUCAGUUGGAGGUUUCUCUCUGCUGCUGCUUCACUGUCUGUCCCAUGUUAAGAUGAAAGACAUGAGCUCUGACUCUGGUCCUGCCUUCCAGAGGCUUUUCUUCAAGAUACUGCAGGCAUGUCUGGGGGAGCUGUUUCAAGCCAGACUGGGUAUGCCGUCAUCUGGACAGGAAGCCAAUGUGUGUGUGUGGCUUAAGGACCAAGAGGCCCCUUCAGGAGUCCUAAAGGGGACUCCUUCUGACCCUCAUGCUGCCUCCCUGCUUUAUAGGUUUCACAAACCAAGCAGAGGAUUGCUGUCUGAAGACGACGUUGAGGAACUUCAGAGGAAGCACAGGGAAACAUCUCUACUCUCCCAUCUUGAGGGACUUUUAAAGGAGAAGAGCUCUGAAGCGUGAGGGAAAUUCUUCUAUUUGAAAGAGAAAAAACACACCCAACAUAGAACCAGUUCUUUAUUGCAAGAAGCAUGGGAGGAGCAAACGUCAUAGAUGAACUACAGUUUCUCUGUGAGGCUGAGAAAAUGCAGGCGUUUAAUCCAGAGAGACAAACAAGGGUGAAGGAUGGGCAGAUGCUUUGCAGAGGAAAUUAUCUCCUGGAAGACAGAAUCAAAACCUCUUUCUUUUUGAAACAGGAACUUCCUUUCUUCCAGGGAAUAAGCACACCACUGUAAGCUCUGUGCGAUAAGAACUUGUUUUCCACAAGACGCCUUGUCUCGCCCUCAGUAACUCCCUCUUUUUCCUAAGACAUUUUGAUACAUUACAGAGCAUAUAGUGCAUUGACUGCAAAAAUGCAAUUAAUGCAAAACAGUUUGUCCCACAG